CGGUGGAGGCUGGGGCUGCCUUUCUGCCAUCCUGGUGGGUGGGCUGGGGCCUGAGGCCAGCAUUCAUUUUGUGCCAGAAUGCAGUGCAGCAGGCGAAACCACGGGCAGGUCUUCACGGGCAGAUCUUCAGGGAGAAGGCACAGUAGGGAAAGCAGAGAGUAUGAAAGCCUAUCUAAAGAGCGCAGAGGGCUUUUUCGUCCUGAGUAAAAGUACGACGAUUGGAAGGCAUGAGGAUUCUGACCUUGUUUUAAAGUCUGCUGACAUCGACAACCACCACGCGCUCAUUGAAUAUAAUGAGGCCGAGGGCACUUUUAUUCUCCAGGACUUCAAUUCUCACAACGGCACCUUCGUCAAUGACUGUCACAUUCAGAAUGUGGCUGUGAAGCUGUUACCCGGAGACAUCCUGAGGUUUGGGUCUACAGGGCUGACCUACGAACUGGUCAUCGAAAACCCACGCCUGGUCUCCUACCCGUGGGUGAGAAGCCCAACGCCCUGGCCAAGGCCACAGCCACCUUGGACCACACAGCAGCCGAACCAGUCACCCUCGCCGCCUCAGUUCCCCUUCCACCAGGGCAUCCGGCCAGUGCCAGUGCAGAGGAGCUGGUCCCAGGGGUUCCCCAGGCCCACCACGGCCCAACCCAGCUACCACAAGCGGCCUGUGAGUGCCGGUGGGAAGAUGUUCUCGUUUGUGGUGGAUAAGGCCCACAAGUCUCCCAUCAUCAAGCAAGUGUGGACCAGUGCUGUGGAUCUGCCUGGACAAGGAGUGGCUGAGAGACCUCCUGGGGCAGGACCUCCCAGGGAGACAUAUGCUGAUCAGGACCUGGCCCAGCAAGAUAAGGAUGAAAUCAUUCUGCUGCUGGGAAAAGAAGUCAGCCGUCUCUCCGAUUUUGAAAUUGAAUCCAAAUACAAAGAUGCCAUGAUAGCCAACCUGCAGAACGAAGUGGCUGAAAUGACUCAGAAGCUGUCGGCGGUGGCAACCCCCAGGCCGAAUGAUCCGGCAGUAUCACAGAAGCCUCAGGUUCCGGAUGAGGGCAUCGACGCCAGAGAGAGAGAGAUCCAGAGCUUGAAAGGCCAGAUCAGUGCCCUACAGAAAGGCUACAGCCAGGUGCUAUGCCAGACCCUGUCCGAGCGGAACUCAGAAAUCAAAUCCCUGAAGAACGAGGGUGAGAACUUAAGGAGGGACAAUGCCAUCACCUCAGGGAAGGUGUCAUCUUUGCAAAAAGACAUGUUAGCAAAGAAUGAGCAAAUCCAACAACUAAAACAGGAAGUGGAUCAACUGAAAAGUCAGAACAAAGAAAAGGAUCACCAGCUUGAAGCUCUAAAUGCCAGGUGCUCAGCACUGAGAGAAGACUUAAAAAAGGAAGAAGCUCAGAAGGAACACAGGGAAGCCCAAGAGAAAGAAUUAAAACUCUGCAAAACCCAAAUCCAAGACAUGGAGAAAGAAAUGAGGAAACUCAAGGAGGAGUUGAGGAAGAGUUGCACUGAACAUAACAUGAUUUCCAAGACGCUGCGAGAAAAGAGCAAGGUUGAAGAGAAGCUUCAGGAGGAUUCCAGAAGGAAAUUGCUUCAUCUGCAAGAAAUGGGGAACAGAGAGAACCUCAUUAAAGUCAAUUUGGAAAGGGCAGUAGGUCAGCUUGAGCAUUUCAGAAGCCAAGUUAUCAAGGCCACCUACGGACGAACCAAGCCAUUCCAGGACAAACUCAUCACCGAUCAACAGUUAAUUGAGAAAAUUACCCAGGUCACUGAGGACAGCAUCACCUUUCAGCAGAAAAAAUGGAUCCUGCAGAAGGAAACCCAGCUCAACCAUUCCAAACAGGAGGAAAUCACAGAGAACAUAGAGAAGCUGAAAACCUCCCUUGACAGCUGCCAGGCUUGCAUGAUAAAGCCUUGCUGCAGCCAUGACCUGAAAAAGGAGGUUGAACUUCUUCAGCACCUUCAGGUGAGCCCACCUGUCUCGGGGCUCCAGAAGGUGGCACUGGACAUCCUGAGCCUCCCACUGUCCUGGCUAGAGGAAACAGAGCGGCUUCUCAGCAGCAUUGGAAUCCAGUUAUCCAGCUCUGACAAAGAUCAAGAUGGACAGUCUCCAGGAAAUGCAGCGGUCUUUGCUGCAGGAAAAGCUGCGGGAGCAUCUGGCAGAAAAGGAGAAGCUGUCCGAGGAAAGGCUCGAGCAGGAGGAGAAACUGAAAGCCAGGAUCAAGCAGCUAACGGAAGAGAAGGCGGUAACAUUUUGGAGCAAAGCAUUGUUCAUGAGAAAACCAGAGCAAAAGAAGCAUUAGAGGAAGAACAGAAGAGAGUCCAAGAGCUGGAGAAUCGCUUAACCCACCAGAAGGAGGUUUUGGAGAGCAACAUAGCCCAUGAGAAAAGAAAAGCAAAGGAAGCCAUAGAGACAGAAAAAAGAAAAGUUCAAGAUCUGGAGAAUCACUUAAUUCAACAGAAGGAGAUUGCAGAGACCAGCAUUGCCUACGAGAAAAGCAAAGCAAAAGAGGCCAUAGAAAAGGAAAAGAAAAAGGUGCAAGAUCUGGAGAACCACUUAACCAAGCAGAAAGAGGAAAUAGAAUUGAAAGUACAAAAAGAGGAUGUUUUAAAUAAUAAGUUAAAUGAUGCGCUGGCCAUGGUAGAAGAAACUCAGAAAACAAAGGUGGCUGAAAGUCUGAAAGUAGAAAGCCUCACAAUCAAAGUAAAUGAGACAUUGGCUGAACUGGAAACCACCAAGACAAAAAUGAUCAUGAUGGAUGAGCGAAUAUUGCUGCAACAGCAGACGAUAAAGGCCCUCCAGGAUGAGAGGGAGUCACAGAAACACGGAUUUGAGAAGGAAAUUGCGGAAUACAAGGAGCAAAUCAAACAGCACUCCCAGACGAUUGUGAGUCUCGAGGAAAGACUCCAAAAAGUGACACAACACCAUAAAAAAAUAGAAGGCGAGAUUGCGGCUUUGAAGGACAAUGACCCAGGUAUGCCCGAAGAGAUCUUACCAGACCCGGCUGCGGCACCUCCGAAGGAGAGCAAUAUCAAAGAGGAUGUGUGUGACCACUUGAUAGAAGAUUUAUUGACUGCUCAGAAGGAAAUCCUGUCCCAGCAGGAGGUCAUCGUGAGGUUGAGGAAAGACCUUACCGAAGCCCAUGGCCGAAUGUCAGAUUUGAGAGGGGAGCUCAACGAGAAGCAGAAGAUGGAACUGGAGCAGAACAUGGUGCUGAUCCAACGACAGAGCUGCGAGCUGAGUAUGCUUAAGGAGAAGAUGGCACAGGUGACCAGCGUGGUGGAAAAGAAGGACAGGGAGCUGGAGAUCCUCAAGGAGGCGCUAAGGGCUUCCCAAGAGAAACACAAACUCCAGCUGAGCCCUGAGAAGAACGAGAAGCCCAGGAGUACAGCCCAGAUGCGCGACAUCUCGGUGCAGAUGGAACCAAUCCACACCGAUAUUUUCUUGAGCAGCCAAGAGGAGCAAUCCUUCAGUGAUCUGGGAGCCAAAUGUAAAGGGUCCCGACAUGAGGAAGUCAUUCAGCGUCAGAAAAAGGCCUUAUCUGAACUUCGAGCACGAAUUAAAGAACUUGAGAAGGCCUGCUCAUCAAAUCAUAAGGACCAACUGGAUGAAUCAUUUCUAGAAUUAAAGACUCCCAGAAUGGAAAAAAAUGUCCAGAAAAUAUUAUUGGACACAAGACCUGAUUUUCCAACUCUCUCCAGGAUAGAGGGCCGCGUGCCUCAAACCAGCCUUUCCAACUCAGGGCCCAUUCUGACCAUCGAGAAAUCAGGGAAAACGGAUGCAUCCGAGGCUUUGGAUCUCAGUGAAAAGCUGUACAUGGAUAUGAGUAAAACGCUCGGGAGUCUGAUGAACAUCAAGGAUAUGUCAGGCCAUGUGUCCAUGAAAUACCUGUCCCCAAAAGAAAGGGAGAGAGUCACCCAGCUUCGACAAAGGGACCUUGAGCUGGUGUUUGAUAAGAUCGCCCAACUCAAGAACCGGCUAGAGAGAAAAGAGGGGCUUCUGAGAGACUACGAGAAAGACAUCGAACAGCUCAGGCAGAGCAAAGUGUCCAUUCAGAUGUACCAGUCACAAGUGUCCAAGCUGGAGGACGAGAUCUACAAAGAGGCAGAAGAAAAGGCCUUACUGAAGGAGGCACUGGAGCGCACGGAGCACCAGCUGUGCCAGGAGAAGAAGCUCAAUAGGACAAUCAGGCAGCAGAAGGUUGGAGCCAGGAAGGCUACCCCAAAGAUGGACCAAGAAAGGGAGAUGCUGAAGAAAGACUUCCCGCCGAGCAAAUCCAGCCAGAACCUCUUGUUUUCUAAGCCUGGCGGAAGGAACUAGAGAAACAUCAUCCCACCGAGCCUCACAUGGUCCUCUGUGAGUCAGGUUGACUCUUCUGUGUCAAAAUACUAAGAUGCUUUUAUAGGACUUUAAAGAUUGUUAGCCUAGUGUUUUGCUUUCUAGACUGCUAUUUUACACGGUACUGUA